UACCCGGCACAGGAGUCACCUCACAGAGCCCUGGGGUCCACGCCUCAGUCCGCCUGCGCUCCUCAGCCUGGUGGUUUUACCUCCGAGGGUUCGCCCGCCCUUGGUUUUCCUUACACCUUCGCCUUUGGCUCCUUUGACCACUCGAAGCCCCACAGCGGAUUCCAGCGGCCUUCACCCGCGGACCCAGAAGUGGUGGGUGAAACACAGCCUCUGUUCCUCCUUGAGCCUGUCAGGAGCCGCUGCCUGCCGCCAUCAUGUCUGCUGCAAAUCCUGAGACUCCAAACUCAACCAUCUCCAGAGAGGCCAGCACCCAGUCUUCAUCAGCUGCACCUAGCCAAGGCUGGGUUUUACCAGAAGGCACAAUCAUGCCAAACACUGUUUUUGUUGGUGGAAUUGAUGAUAGGACAGAUGAAACUGAGAUUAGAAGCUGCUUUGGUAGAUACGGUUCAGUGAAAGAAGUGAAGAUAAUCACAAAUCGAAGUGGUGUGUCCAAAGGCUAUGGAUUUGUUUCAUUUGUGGAUGACGUGGAUGUCCAGAAGAUAGUAGAAUCACAGAUACAUCUCCAUGGUAAAAAGCUGAAGCUGGGCCCUGCAAUCAGGAAACAGAAGUUAUGUGCUUGUCAUGUGCAGCCACGUCCUUUGGUAUUUAAUCCUCCUCCUCCACCACAGUUUCAGAACAUCUGGAGGAAUCCAAACACUGAAACUUACCUGCAGCCCCUAAUCACGCUGAAUCCUGUAACUCAGUACGUUCAGAUGCCACCACAGUGGCCUUUUGGGGAGCAAAGGAGUUAUGCUGUACCUCAGUCUGCUGCAAAUCCUGAGACUCCAAACUCAACCCUCUCCAGAGAGGCCAGCACCCAGUCUUCAUCAGCUGCACCUAGCCAAGGCUGGGUUUUACCAGAAGGCACAAUCAUGCCAAACACUGUUUUUGUUGGUGGAAUUGAUGAUAGGAUGGAUGAAACUGAGAUUAGAAGCUGCUUUGGUAGAUACGGUUCAGUGAAAGAAGUGAAGAUAAUCAGGAAUCGAAGUGGUGUGUCCAAAGGCUAUGGAUUUGUUUCAUUUGUGGAUGACGUGGAUGUCCAGAAGAUAGUAGAAUCACAGAUACAUCUCCAUGGUAAAAAGCUGAAGCUGGGCCCUGCAAUCAGGAAACAAAAGUUAUGUGCUUGUGAUGUGCAGCCACGUCCUUUGGCAUUUAAUCCUCCUCCUCCACCACAGUUUCGGAACAUCUGGAGGAAUCCAAACACUGAAACUUACCUGCAGCCCCUAAUCACGCUGAAUCCUGUAACUCAGUACGUUCAGGCUUAUUCUACUUAUCCACAUUCACCAGGUCAAUUUGUAUCUAUAAAUUCCGUCAUCACUGGAUAUCAGUUGCCUGUAUGUAAUUAUCAGGCAUAUCGUACUUAUCCAAAUGCACCAGUUCAGGUCAUCACUAGCUAUCAGUUGCCUGUAUAUAAUUAUCAGGCAUUUCCUGCUUAUCCAAGUUCACCAGUUCAGGUCACCACUGGAUAUCAGUUGCCUGUGUAUAAUUAUCAGAAAUCUGUGGACCGACGCACACAAAUGGUGGUAUCUUGUCUGUUUAAUCUGGAGAACAGACUGAUAAAUUCUGUUGUUACUGAAGAUGACUACUUCAAGGAUAAAAGAGUGCAUCGCUUUACAAGAAGUUUGGCCGUGUUUAAAUCUGUUUGAUCCUCUCAGCUAUCUAGUUUCGUGGGAAGUUGCUGGUUUUGAAUAUUAAGCUAUAAGUUUUCCACUAUUAUAGAAAUUCUGAAUUUUGGUAAAUCACACUAAAACUUUC